GGCGACGGGAGGACGCGCCGAGCGCCGGGUUUCGGCCCCCUGCGGGGGAUACCAAUAACGUGGCGCUGUUUUAGACGCCGGGGGUAGUGCGCAGCCCCAUCCGCAGACUCCGGCCCGGUUUCCGCGAUCACCACAGAAUCCUCUGAGGCCACCCCCAGAGAGCGUCAGGAUGGCCGAGGAAAAGAGUGAGAAACUAGUGCUGGAAGAAACUGCAUUUGAAGAAAUCGAAAGGGAUUUUCAGGAGGUUCUCAAUGAACUUUCGGGAGAUAAAAGUCUGGAGAAAUUUAGAAUUGAAUAUGAGAAGCUUCAUGCUGUCAUGAAAAAGUCUUAUGACAAUGAAAAGCGUCUGAUGGCCAAAUGCAGAGAGCUAAACGCAGAGAUUGUGGUUAAUUCUGCAAAGGUCGCCACUGCCCUGAAGCUCUCCCAGGAUGAUCAGACCACCAUUGCAUCCCUGAAGAAGGAAAUCGAAAAGGCCUGGAAGAUGGUGGACUCGGCCUAUGACAAAGAGCAGAAGGCAAAGGAGACGAUCCUUGCCCUGAAAGAGGAAAUAGUGAACUUAACCAAACUAGUCGAGCAGGGGUCUGGACUGUCACUGGACCAGGAUAGCAAUAUCCGAGAUUUACUGAAGUUCAAAGAAGAAGUGAUAAAGGAGCGAGACCAGCUCUUGUCAGAAGUGGUGAAAUUACGAGAGUCCUUAGCUCAGACUACUGAACAGCAGCAGGAAACGGAGCGAUGCAGAGAAGAGGCAGAGCAGACCAUCAGUCAGUUCCGGCAAGAGAUACAGCAACGUCAGAAUGAAGCGUCACGGGAGUCUCGGAAGAAGGAAAAACUGGAGAAAGAGCUCAGGCAGAUUCAGACAGACAUGGACACCAGGCAGACGGAAAUUAGGGCCCUGCAGCAGUAUGUGCAGAAGAGCAAGGAGGAGCUUCAGAAGCUGGAGCAGCAGCUGAAGGAACAGAAGAUAUUGAACGAAAGAGCUGCAAAGGAACUGGAGCAGUUUCAGAUGCGAAAUUCUAAACUUCAGCAAGAGAAUGAACAACACAGUUUGGUUUGUGAGCAGCUAUCCCAGGAAAACCAGCAGAAGGCAUUGGAGCUCAAAGCCAAAGAGGAAGAAGUCCAUCAGAUGCGGCUUGACAUUGGGAAGCUCAAUAAAAUCAGAGAACAAAUCCAUAAGAAAUUGCAUCAGAUCGAAGAUCAAAAGUCAGAGGUGGAACAGCACAAGGAAACUCUAAAAAAUCAGAUCUUGGGAUUAGAGAGAGAGGUGGAGGCUUCAAAGAAACAAGCAGAACUUGAUAAGAAAGCAAUGGAUGAGCUUCUGAGAGAAAGGGACAUAUUAAAUAAGAACAUGCUUAAGGCAAUCCAUGCGACCCAGAAACAGAUAGACCUGGUAAAGCUCCAUGAACAAUCCAAGAGGAACCUGGAAGAAGAAAUCCAGAACUACAAGGAUGAGGCUCAGAAGCAGAGAAAGAUCAUCUUUCAGCUGGAAAAGGAGCGAGAUCGGUACAUCAAUGAAGCCAGUGACCUUACCCAAAAGGUUCUCAUGAACAUGGAAGACAUAAAAAUCCGUGAAAUGCAGAUUUUUGACUACAGGAAAAAAAUCGCUGAAUCAGAAACUAAAUUAAAACAGCAACAGAACCUGUAUGAAGCGGUGAGGUCAGACAGGAAUCUGUAUAGCAAAAAUCUAGUUGAGGCUCAGGAUGAAAUAACAGAAAUGAAGAGAAAAUUAAAGAUUAUGACCCAUCAGGUAGAUCAGCUGAAAGAAGAAAUCUCAGCCAAAGAGUCAGCACUUGUGAAGUUACAUCUGGAACAGCAGCGGAUAGAAAAGGAGAAGGAAACUUUGAAGGCCGAGCUGCAGAAGCUCAGACAACAAGCUCUGGAGACCAAGCACUUCAUUGAAAAGCAGGAAGUGGAGGAGAGAAAGCUCCUGCGGAUCAUCGCUGAGGCCGAUGGGGAGAGGCUGAGACAGAAGAAGGAAUUAGACCAGGUCAUCAGCGAGAGAGAUAUUCUCGGGUCUCAGCUUGUCCGGCGCAAUGACGAGUUGGCUUUGCUCUAUGAGAAGAUCAAGAUCCAACAGUCCGUGCUGAAUAAAGGCGAGAGCCAGUACAACCAGAAGGUGGAGGACAUGAGAAUUCUCAAACUUGAGAUUAAGAAACUUCGCCGGGAAAAGGGGAUUCUUGCCAGGAGUGUGGCAAAUGUUGAUGAACUCAGGCAGGAGUUUUUUCACAUGCAAAGAGAAUUCUUGAAGGAGAGGACGCGAUGCCGAGCCCUGGAGGAGGAACUAGAGAACCCCAUGAACGUGCACAGAUGGAGGAAGCUUCAGGCCAGUGACCCCAGUACCUAUGAGCUGAUACAGAAAAUUCAUACCCUGCAGAAGCGUCUCAUCAGCAAGACAGAAGAGGUGGUUGAAAAAGAGCUGCUCCUGCAGGAAAAAGAGAAACUGUAUGUGGAACUCAAGCACAUCCUGGCACGGCAGCCCGGCCCCGAGGCUGCGGAACAGCUACAGAUCUACCGUCACACGCUGCGGGAGAAGACCAAGCAGCUGAAAGUUUUGUCUUCGGAGCUGAAUAUGUACGAAUCACAGAGCCAAGAAUAUAAAUAUGAAAUCGAGAAACUUACCAAUGAACUGAUGAACUUAAAGAAGAAAUACCUAGCUCAGAAACGUAAAGAAUACACUCAGAAAAAUAAGGACAGAAUAUCCAUGGAUAACACCCUGUCAAUGGCCAAGCCAACUGGCCCUCGUUUUACUGGGGGUGGAUUUCCCCUCUACAGGCCAUCCAAAGUGAAGUCCUAACCUGAAGCUCCUGCCUGGGUCCAGUAGAGCAGCUCAUGAAAUUCUCUUUGAAACGUUUUGGAGGAAUCUUUUUCAAAUCCCUUGGAUCACAAAUAUUUAGAGAAAUCAGUGUUCAAAUUCCAGGAUGGAAAGAAAUGCAAAACCAUCAUCGUCAUGUACAUAAAAGAGUGGUGACAUUCUGCUUGGUCCACAUGGAUAUUAACAGAUUGUAAUUAUAUCAUUCAAUUAGGCUGACACAUUGCAUAAAGCAGAUCUUUUGUUACUACUACAUUGAUUGAUUUGAAAUGCACCCUAUGUCUAGACACUCUGUAUAGAUGAAACUUUGGAUCUGAAUUUCUCUAUUAUAAACAUUGCUGUAUAGGUUUUACCUUUAAAAAAUAUUUUUGAAAUGCAGUGCAUUUCUUUUUAAUAAGAAUCUAUUUUAAUUAUUCCUCAUUAACAAGUCAUUGCAUGAGGUGAGAAAAAAGGACAAACUCUCAAGUAUUUAGAAAGUGUUUUGAGAAUGAUUUCUAUGUGGAAUUUCUUUUCAGGCCUGGGGUAUGAAAAUCUAUUCCAAAGAGACAUACUAAUAAAUACUUCAUCAUAAAAAAUAAAAAAGAACCUUUGUAGAGAUUUUGAUCUUUGCUUUGGUAGAGUAUGUAAUUAAAGUUUAAAACUACUAUGAGAAAUGUUUAACAUAGGAUUUGAUUCAGAGGAACCAAGACUUUAAAAUGACGGGUUUGGGCUGGUAUCCUCUGAAGACCUUGCGUUUCUUAGACCUCCUACUUGGAGAACAGAAUUAUAUAGGACCGGGAUCUGUUUGGCUUUCAGGCUGCGUGCCAACAUUUGGAGUCAUUGAAUCCAUUGUAUUUUCUUUCUGUUGAAGCCUCAAUUACUUGGACGUCAGUUCAAAGUCUCCUCAUUAAGGGUGCUGAUUCAGUAAUAUUAUGUGAGGACAUUAUGGUCAUCCCCCUCACAAGAACUUGACCUCCGUGAUCUUUGAAAUUAUAGAGGAGUAAGCAGAUCAGGGUUAAGCAAGGACAUUACAAGUGGAUCAUUCCACUUGUGCUAUGGGACCAAGGUCCCCACUGCAGGGAGCAGGAAACUUAAUGACUCCAGGAUGCUUGUUCAGAUUA